AUCAAUUUCGCUGCGGUGCCAACUUAGAGAGAGAGAGAGAGAGAGAGAGAGAGAGAGAGAGCGAACGAGUUCAUUGACGAUAGAGGACGAUGAAUAAGCUGACCAGAAAAUGGCGAAAGUCCCGUGAUGACAACCUCUCUCUCCCUACUCUUGACGAUUCUCCCGCCAUGGACACCCAAGAACAGGAGGAGUUGGUUCGAACAUUUGAAAAGGCUCAAGCUCAACAGAGCCGUUUGUGGAGGGGUGUGUUCGCGGCAAUUCUCUUUUGUUUCGCCAUAUUUCUUUUGUACUCCAUCUUCCAGCAGGCUUCAUCUCCAUGGGAACUGCGGUAUCAUGCUUACUUCAUGGAGGAGGUUGACUCAUGGAUAGUUAUAUCUGCAGAUUGGGUAGCUGUUUUAGCAUGUUCAUUUGCUAUCAUAGGACUACUUCGUAACUCAAAGUAUCAUAGGCAAUGGAUUUGGUACUCCUGCUAUGCUGGCAUUAUACUGGCAGUGUUCUGGUUAUAUUACAUGCUGAGAUUGCCAAAGUUCCGGUGGGAUGUUAUCUGGCUUCCAUUUGGACCUCUUAGUGGAGCUGGAAUCUGCCUCUACGUGGAUUAUCUGCUAUCUGAGUCAUCAGACGAAAUAAGAAAGCUUCGAGGCUAUAUGUAUUCUUAUAAAGCUAUUUAAAACGGAAUAGUGGUAACCGUAGCGGGGUUGGUGUUUGUUUUCCAAAGAGGUAGAGAGAGAAUACAGGAAGGCGUGCACGGCCAAUUUGGUGGUGCUAUCAAAUACUUGAUGAAGCUUUUACUGUAAAUAUACAAAGUUGUGAAAGAUUGCAUAGGAGUGCUGGAAUCUGAAGGCCUAGAUUGUCCACGUGAUCUGUUAUUUGUUGUGUCUUAUGUGUGAUGAACCUUUCUCUAACCCCUUACAACGACAUUAAUGUUAGACACCUUUUGAAAACGACGACUGAGGCAAUGUUCUAGUUCA